GGAGUAGGAGAAAAAUCCGGGGAAAAACUUUGAAAGGGAAAAAAAGACGUUUCAGUGGCCGCCGGUUAGCUAGGAAAAGGACAGUCGGAGGUAGAAAGAGGAGGCAUAGAAGACAACUGCGUGCCUGUGUGGAUUUUACCGCUGCCAGGAAGCCGCUGGGCACGCGCCUGCUCGGGACGGGGGAUUAUAGAUGAGCUUGACUUUAAGAUGAGGAGCGAGCCCAUUCUUUUCACUUCCAGCAGGGCAAUGGAGGAGCUGGUGUGUGAGCUUCGUCUGUUUCUGGACCUGCUGGACAGAGAAUAUCUGAGUGCUGGGGUCCGAGAGAAGAAGAUACACCUCUCCAAUAUUCUGCACAGAGUACUGUCCGACAAAGAGCCUUCAUUCAAGUCAGAGAUACACAGCGGACUGCCUGCUCCACCUCAGAUGCCACUUCCAGAGAUCCCUCACCCCUGGAUGACUCCAAAUAACGGGCCCCCUCCCCUGCCCAGCUCAUCUCUUCCAGAAGGCUACUAUGAGGAAGCGGUUCCUUUAGGUCCUGGAAAGGCUCCAGAAUACAUCACCUCCAACUAUGACUCGGAUGCCAUGAGCAGUUCCUAUGAGUCGUACGAUGAGGAAGAGGAGGAUGGGAAGAGCCAGAAGAUGCGUCACCAGUGGCCCUCUGAGGAAGCGUCCAUGGACCUCGUGAAGGACGCCCGGAUUUGUGCAUUCCUGCUGCGCAAGAAGCGCUUCGGCCAGUGGACCAAACUCCUAUGUGUCAUCAAAGACAACAAACUGCUGUGUUACAAAUCCUCCAAAGACCACACUCCCCAAAUGGAGCUGAACCUGUCAGUGUGCAGCAUCACACACAUCCCUAAAGAUGGCAAGAAAAAGAAGCACGAACUAAAGAUUGUCCACCAAGGUGCAGACGCCCUGGUGCUGGCUGUGCAGAGCAAAGAACAGGCCGAGGAGUGGCUUAAGGUGAUGAGAGAGGUGUGUGUUAAUGGGAGCAUAGAUUUGGAUGGAGUUGGAUCUGGAUCUCCAGUGCAUAAACCUGAACUGGAAAAGAAGACAUCGUGUGACAGGCCAAGCUCAGAUGGGGAAGCAACCCAUGAGAACGGUCACAGCGACUGCAAGGACCAAGGAAAAGGAAAGAAAAAUACAAAGUCUGAGCAGAAGACUGGCACUGUGGGGAAGGGAGCAAGUAAGAAAAUCACUAAGAUCAUUGGACUUGGAAAGAAGAAGCCCUCCACGGAUGAACAGACAUCAUCAGCUGAAGAAGACGUACCUACAUGUGGCUACCUGAAUGUUCUCUCUAAUAACCGCUGGAGGGAGCGCUGGUGCCGCCUCAAGGACAACCAGCUGCUCCUUCACAAGGACCGGGAUGACCUGAAAAGCCACAUAGCUUCACUGCCCCUCCGAGGCUGUGAGGUCAGCCCCGGCCUCGAUCACAAACACCCCUUUGCCUUCCGCCUCCUUCGUAACAGCCAAGAAGUGGCCGUACUGGAGGCCUCCUCCUCUGAGGAGAUGGGUCGCUGGUUGGGGGUUUUGCUAGCUGAGACUGGAUCUACCACAGACCCAGCCACCUUGCACUAUGACUACAUUGAUGUUGAGACCACUGCUAACGUCAUCCAGCUUGCCAAACAGUCCUUCUGUUUCACCAGUAAGCGUGCCGUGUCUCCUAACCCAUAUCUGGACAACCCAGUCAGUGGCUAUGCCUGCCCCACUGGUAUGGCACUACACUAUGAUGAUGUGCCCAUAAAUGGAAUGCUAAAGGGAAAGAAGGGAGCAACAACCAAUGGGGUGGCAUCAAAACAGAAGGCAGAGCCAAAGAACCAGCCAAAGAAGAAUGGAGUCAUUGCCACAAAUGGGACUGCGUCUCUGAGGCGCAACAACUCCAAUGGGGACCAGUAUAAGUAUGGGAAGAACCGUGUGGAGGCUGAUGCCAAGCGACUGCAAGCAAAGGAGGAAGAGAUGAUGAAGAAGAAGCAGGAAAUCAGAAACCACCUGACCCAGCUGAAGAAGGAGAGGAGAGACCUUCGUGCUGCUGUGGAGGCAGCAGCUGGCAAACGCUCACAUAUUUCACUAUCAGAGCGCCUGAAGAAGUUGGAAGAAGAGUGCAAACUGAAGGAGGAGGAGCGGGUGAACCUGGAGCUGGAGCUAACUGAGGUGAAAGAGAGCCUGAAGAAAGCCCUUAGCGGAGGUGUCACCCUGGGCCUCACCAUCGAGCCGAAAGCUGGCUCCUCUGGCCUCCAGUCACCAGCAAUGCUGCGACGGACACACGAAUCUUCUCCAUUCUCCAGUUGUGACACCAGUGACACCGAGUCCUGCUCGCUGCCGGUCAACAGCGCCUCACUGCUCUACCGGCAGCAGGGCAGUCAGAAGCCCUCAGCAGUCCGGGGACAUGUCCUCAGGAAGGCUAAGGAAUGGGAACAGAAGACCGGCACAUAAACCCAUCACAUACACCCUUGCAUCAGUCUUCCUCCAAUCUCUUUUUUUGAAAUUGUGUAUAUAUUUAUUUAAAAAACAAAAAACAAAACCUGUUCAUACCGUCAGAAGGUGUGCUGAGGAGGAUACAUGCAUAGCAUUCACAUGCCUAGUUUGAGUAUACUGUAAGUACCACAACAUAAACUUUUAUACUAUUGAGCAUGUUCAGUGUACUUGGUUGUGCAACUUGUGUUUUCCGCUUUGACAUCUUUUCAAGCAAACACCUGUCUUUAUUUUUCCUCUCAAAAUGUGUUCCAGCCAUUUGAAGUUAAAAAGGUCCAAGGUCAAAACCAAGUAUUUAUUUGUAAAUGUUAAAGGAAAUACUAGCUUCCCUGUGUUUAUUUAUGUUGACGUAUUUAAAGUAUUUUCGUAGAGUCUGUGGCUUUGCUCACACUCCAUUUUCCCACAACAUAAUUGGUCAUCAGUCAUGAUGCCUCUGUUGUAGUAACGAUAAUUGUAACACACACCAGCCUGGCAACAAUGUAGCUCCUCUCUCAUUGAUGUUUGAAGAAGUACAAAUACAAUUGUCCCAACUGUCAGAAACACCGACUCAUGGCUAGCAGAAGAUUUUGUUAAUUGUGUUAAGUGUUUUCACACACAGAUCAUGAUGAAUCACACUUGAAGUGUGUUUUAAUAUGAAUGUCCAUAUUUUAUAUCUGUGACUUUAUUGCUAUGGGUAAUCCAAUGGUAAGUUUGUGUUGGUUUGGUAAGUUCCUUGUUUAUUCUGUUUGUUUCAGCUUUUCUUUUUGCAUUAAAACAACCAUGACUGAAUACAGACGUGUGGUCUGGACAACUUCCAAAGAGAUGUCUUUUUCUGCCAGUUUAGAGAAGUUUAUGAACAGAAAGCUGACCAUCUAACUGAAAGUAGAUUAGAUGCUGAGUCAAAUAUAAAUAUAACCUGUUAAAUUCACAUAUAAGAUUUUUUUUUUUUUUAAUAUAUGUGGUGAAAUAUGUGAACAUUGUUAAUAUAAAGAGUAGGCGGGGCAGAAAAGACAGGAAAGGUGUAACACUUAAAGAACAACAGGAUGCCUUACAGUUAGAUUAGAUUGUUAUAGCCAACCAUGUUACUAAGUGAAAUUAGUGUGCAUGGCAUGGGAAGCUCGCUCAUUCUGUGAAGGCACCAUUAAUGAUGUAAACAAGUUUAGGAACAACAUACAGUCAGGUGACAUUUUUUAAGAGUACCUGCCAGCAGUCCAGACUCUCACUCACUGGUGAAAGUUAAAAUUGAAAAUAUGACAAAUUAGACCAGUUUAUCAAGAAAGGCCAAACUGGUGACAGACCCAAAUAAAAUACAUAUUAUACAGCCUAUAUGUUUAUUAAAAUGUUUCUAAUUAAGGCCUCACUAAGAGCAUCAUCAUCCAUGCUUUGUAAUAGUUGUAUUGUUAAUGGAGAACUUGCGCUUCUUUCUGUGUGUGUGUGCUUGUGUUGCUCAGAGAUGUCUUCAUGGCACAUUGCAAAUCCUUCAACAUUACACUGACUAAAAGGGGGGCACUUGUAAACUCACACUGCUGUGUGUUCUGCUCAAUCAAAGACUGUGAGUUUGAUUUCCACACUGUUAAACACACAUACAUUCAUCAGUGUCACACUGAUAAUGGUGUUUCUUUUCUGUUGUUGUUGUUGUUUUUGGACGAUGUUUCACUGCCUAAGCUUUGCUACUAUGUAUAUAAGGCUAAUUUACUUUAUGGGGAGUGUUGACAGAUGUAGUGAAAGCAUGCACUCAGUUUGGAACUCAUUGAACACACAGACACUCACUGGUUCGUGGUGAUGUAAAUAUUUCCUGUCUCCUGCCUGCCGGAAUGAUAUCCCGAAGGUUUUACAAGCAUGUUAGCUUAAAGAUGGGACAAGAGAUGGUGGUCAGCAAGUGUUGACCUGCAACAAAAAAGGAUGUCUGAUGUCAGUAAAUGUGAACCUGCUGUACAUAGCUUGGUAAAUGUAGUACUGUAGAAGGGCGGGAGGGCUUUGAAUUUUUUUUCUUUUUCUUUUGCACCAUAUACAUUUUCUCUUGUUUUAUAUCACAGACAGUCUCCAACUCGGGGACAGGCACACUUGUACAUAAAUUAAUAAACCUCCGAACAAACCGGC